AUGAUCUGUGCGUGCUGUUUGACCUCCGAAGAUUCUUCGGAAGACUCGUAUACCGAGACAGCACCCGCCACUAGUAUUGAAAUUGACGAGAGAACCAAAGAAGGAUCAGAAUACGAAGAGUUAGCGAUGGUGUUCUGCUCUCGUGGUGAAUACGCUGAAGCUAGAGAAUAUUUCGAAAAAGCUCUUGCGAUCAAAAUUGAAAUUGGCGACUCAGAAAGUACAGCUAUGUACUACGUAAAUUUAGGAACUGUGUGCAGGUUCAUUGGAGAAUACGCCGAGGCUAAAGAAUAUUACGAAAAAGCUCUUUCCAUCGCAACUGAAAUUGGCGACAAAGAAGUAGAAGCAUUAUGUUAUCGAAACUUGGGAACUGUGUGCUUUUUCCUUCGUAAAUGUGUCGAGGCUAAAGAACACACUGAAAAAGCGCUUGCGAUUAGAAUUGAAAUUGGCGAUAGAUCGGGUGAAUCAGCAGAUUACGCAAACUUAGGAAUGAUCCAUAAGUCGCUUGAAGAAUAUGUCAGAGCUAAAGUAUGUCUCCAAAAAGCACUUGAAAUCAAAAUUGAAAUUGGCGACCGGAAAGGAGAAGCAACAGAUUGCGGAAAUCUUGGUACUGUGUUCAGCUCACUUGGCGACCAAGUCAAAGCUCAGGAGUACUUUCAGAAAGCACUCACCAUUGUGAUUGAAGUUGGCGACGAAUCAGGAGAAGCAACAGUUUGCGAAAACUUAAGUGCGGUGUUAUGUUUGCUCAGUGAAUACGCCAAGGCGAAGAAAUAUCAAGAAAAAGCACUUGGGAUCAGAAUCAAAAUCGGCGACAGAGACGGUGAAGCGAGGAAUUACAGAACCCUUGGAAUUGUGUGUAGGUCGCUUGGUGAACUCACAAAGGCUAAAGAUUAUCUCGUAAAAGCAAUUGCCAUCAGGGUUGAAACUGGCGAUAGGAGAGGAGAAGCAACAGAUUACGCAAACUUAGCAACGGUGGCUUGGUCGCUCGGCGAAUACGAUAAAGCUAAAGAAAACAUCGAACAAGCACUUGUGAUCAGUACUGAAAUCGGCGACAGAGAAGGGGAGUCAUCAUAUUACGUAUUCUUAGGAACUGCAUGUCGGUCGCGCGGUGAAUACAUCAGCGCUAAAGAAUUUUUCGAGAAAGGGCUUGCCCUAAGCAGGGAAAUUGGAGACAAAAAAGGAGAAGCAACAAAUAGCGGAAACUUAGGAGAUGUAUUUUUUUGGUUGGGUGAGUACGUCAAAGCUAAAGAAUAUCUAGAAAAAUCCCUAGUGAUCAGAAUUGAAACUGGUGACAAAACAGGUGAAGCAUCAGAUUGUGGAAACCUAGGAACGGUGUUUUGGUGGCUGAAGGAUUACGUCAAGGCUAAAGAUUAUCUUUUAAAAUCAGUUGCCAUCAGAAUUGAAACUGGCGACAGAAGAGGAGAAGCAUCAGAUAACAGAAAGUUAGGAACUGUAUGUAGGUCGCUUGGUGAGUACGUCGAGGCUAAAGAAUUUCACGAAAAAGCCCUUUCUAUUAGAACUGAAAUUGGCGACAGAAAUGAAAAGGCAUCUGACUUCAGUGGUAUUGCGGGUGCGUCAAGUAGACACUUUGAGGCCGAAGAAUAUUACGACAAGCCGCUUGCGAUUAAAACUGAAACUAAUGGCAGAGGCGAAGAAGCAUCAGAUUACGAAAGCUUAGGAAAUUUGAAUUGCUUACUAAAUGAAUUUGCCAAGGCUAAAGAAUGUUUCGAAAAAGCCAUUGCGAUCAGAGUUGAAAUCGGUGACAGAGAAGGAGAAGCGUCAAAUUACGGUAACUUAGGAACUGUCUUUGAGACGCUUGGUAACUACGUCAAAGCUAAAGAAUAUCAAGAAAAAGCACUAGCUGUCAUGAUUGAAAUCGGCGACAAAUCAGGCGAAGCAACAGCCUACGGAAAUUUGGCAACAGUGUUGUGGUCAAUAAGUGACUACAAAAUGGCUAAAGAAUAUCAAGAAAAAGCGCUUGCAAUCAGAAUUGAAAUUGGUGACAGAAAGGGAGAAGCAGCGAGUUACGGAAACUUAGGAACAAUUUUCAUUUCGCUCGGUGACCAAGUAAAAGCACAGGAAUAUCUACAAAAAGCUGUUUCCCUUAGAAUUGAAAUCGGUGACAGAGAAGGAGAAGCAACAGAUUACGGAAAUUUAGGAACUAUGUUUCAAUUUCUUGGUGAAUACGACAAGGCUAAAGAGUGCAUGGAAAGAGCACUGGCCAUUAAAAUCAAAAUCAGCGACAGAGCAGGCCAAGGGAUAGAUUACGGAAACUUAGCAACGGUGUACACCUCUCUUGGCGACUACGUCAAAGCACGAGAAUAUCUCCAAAAAGCUCUUGCGAUCAGAAUUGAAAUUGGCGACAGAAAAGGAGAAGCAUCAGAUUACGGAAACUUAGGAACUGUGUUUCAUUCGCUCGGUGAAUACGUGGAGGCGCAAAGAUAUUUAAACAAAGCACUUGCAAUCAGAACUGAUAUUGGAGACAGGAGAGGAGAAGCAUCAGAUUACGGAAACUUAGGAGCUGUGUUUCUUUCGCUCGGUGAAUACGUGAAGGCGCAAAGAUAUUUAAACAAAGCACUUGCAAUCAGAACUGAUAUUGGAGACAGGAAAGGAGAAGCAUCAGAUUACGGAAACUUAGGAACCGUGUUUAACUCGCUUGGUGAUUACGCUAAAGCUAAAGAGUAUUUCCAAAAAGCACUUGCCAUCACAAUUGAAAUUGGCGACAGAUCAGGUGAAGCAACGAGUUACGGAAACCUUGGAACCUUAUUUAACUCGCUCGCUGACAACUUAAAGGCUAAACAAUGUUUCGAAAAAGCAAUAGCAAUCAGCGUAGAAAUUGGUGAUAGAGGAAAAGAAGCAACAUUUUACGGAAAUCUCGGAGCUACUUUUAACUUGAUUGGUGAAAAUUUCAAGGCUAAAGAAUAUAUCCAAAAAGCAAUCGCCAUGAAACUUGAAAUUGGUGACAGAUCAGGUGUAGCAGCAAGUUACGGAAACUUAGCAGUCAUGUUUAGCUCGCUCGGUCAGUACGUCAAGGCUAUAGAAUAUCAAGAAAAAGCACUUGCCAUCAGAAUUGAAAUCGGCGACAGAAAUGGAGAAGCGUUUUCUUACGGAAACUUAGGAACUGUGUUUAGCUCACUUGGAGAACAUGCUAAGGCCAAAGAAUAUCACGAAAAGGCACUUACCAUCAGAACUAAAAUUGGCCACAGAGCAGGUGAAGCAACAGAUUACGGAAACUUAGGAACAGUGUUUCACUCGCUCGGGGAAUACAUUAAGGCCAUAGAAUAUCAAGAGAAAGCACUUGCCAUCAGAAGUGAAAUUGGCGACAGGAAAGGAGAGGCAUUUUGUUACGGAAACUUGGGAACUGUGUACCACUCGCUUGGCGACAUACUCAAAGCACAAGAUUAUUGCAAGAAUGCACUCGCCAUCAGAAUUGAAAUUGGUGACAGAGAAGGGCAAACAGCAGAUUACAUAAAUCUAGGAAACAUUUUUAGAUCGCUCGGUGAUUUUAAAGUUGCGGAAGAAUGUUUGGAAAAGGGAUUGUCCAUAUCCAGAGAUGUUGGAUGUAGUAGAGCUGAGAUGAAAAUUCACCUUGGAUAUGCACUGCUUCAACUUUCCCAAGACAGACUCCAAGAUUCGCUUCUUUCUCUCCACCAAUGUAUUGAAAAAUAUGAAAUGUUGCGUGGGCAUCUUGGAAUGAAUGAUCAGUUUAAAACAUCGAUUUUGGAGGUUAGUGGUGCAAUUCCUUACGCGAUGUUCAGCGUGUUGCUUUCCGUCAACGGAAAUCCUCGCGAUGCGCUUUAUGUUGAAGAGCUUGGGCGAGCGAGAGGCCUGGCAGAAUUGAUGGCAGAAAAGUACUCUGUUGAAACGCACACGUCCGCUGAUCGACAGUCGUGGUCUGGAAUUGAAAACAUUAUGAGAGAAGAAACAAACAGUGCCUGUCUGUACAUUUCCUAUUUUCAAAAUUUUGUGCAUCUGUGGGUCUUGAAAGCAAGUGGAGCCAUUCAUUUCAAAAGAGUAUCAGCCGACAAGGUCUUUCUUCAUUUGGGAUUUGCCGCAGGCUUGACUGUCAGUCAAUUUUUAGUUAAUUCGAGUUUCAGACAGAUUGGUGUUUUGCCAGCUAAAGAUUGCGAAGAUCGAUCUUUGAAUGUCGGUGAGCCACAAUCAAUUUCAUUUAAGCAAGAGAACUCCACAGCAUUGCGACUUAUGGAGGAAGAGGACGAAAAUUUCACAGAAGAAAAUACCAGUUUGUCAUUAUGCUACAAAAUCUUUGUCGCCCCAGUGGUUGACUUACUCGAGGAGCCCGAAGUCAUCAUUGUACCUCACAGAAGCUUAUACAAAGUUCCAUUUGCUGCCCUGAGUGUAGAGGGAACAUAUCUGUCGGAAACUCAUAGAAUCCGUACAAUUCCCUCAUUGACAACACUGAAACUAAUUCAAGACAGUCCGGUGCACUAUCAUAGUCAGACUAAUGCACUGAUUGUGGGUGAUCCCAAAGUUGGCUGGGUCAUGUUCAAGGGAGGUAUUCAGUACAUCACCUCAUUACCUAGUGCAAGGAAAGAAGCAGAGAUGAUUGGACGACUGAUGGGCGUAAAGCCUUUAUUAGGAGAGCAAGCGACGAAGCAGGCGGUAAUCGAGAAGAUAACAUCAGUGAGCCUAAUACAUUUUGCUGCACAUGGCGAUGCUGAAAGAGGAGAAAUCGCCCUUUCCCCAAUUCGUACUCCUGACAGCCCUGAUAUCACCCCACAAGAAGAAGAUUAUCUGUUAACGAUGGCUGAGAUAUCACAAGUUAAAGUUAGAGCUAAACUGGUUGUACUCAGUUGCUGUCACAGUGGAAGUGGACAGAUCAAAGCCGAGGGAAUAAUCGGAAUUGCUCGGGCGUUCUUAGGAUCCGGUGCUCGGUCGGUGUUGGUUGCAUUAUGGGCCAUAUCAGACACAGCAACAGAACAGCUCAUGAAUCGUUUCUAUGAACAUCUUGCUCGUGGAGAUAGCGCCAGUGAAUGUCUUUACCAGGCCAUGAAGUGGAUGAGAAACAACGGCUAUACCAAUGUCUCUGAUUGGGCUCCAUUCAUAUUGAUUGGAGAUGACAUCAUGUUUGAUUUUGGAAAAUUAAGCUUGGAAAAGAAAGAGAACCUCACCAAUGGAGAACAAGAAGGGAAAACAGACCAAGCAAACUAGGAAACUUUCCUGCUGUUUCAAUGACUGAUAUCUCUGUUUCCGUUGAUAAGAUGAACAAAUCUGGCCCCGGUAAUUGUCGAGGUAUACAAACACUGAUGAUGGGUCCCAAUAGGUUGUCCUCUUGUCAAACGAUAAUGAGCUUUGUCAUGAAGUGAUUUUUUUCGUCCAGUUUACCUUAAAGUUCCACAACGAUUCGUCACUAAUCCAGAUUUUUUAGGCUGAUCGAUGUAGUCAAACUUUCAGCUUUACCAGAUCAGAGUAAAGACAUUUAAGAUAAGUUUCCGACUCGAAUUUAACUUUUCAAAAACAAUUUAUAAUUCCAUAGAAUUUUUAAGAAGAGAUUCUUUUUUCAAAGAAACGAGUUUGGGUGUGUUUAGACUAGGAUUCUAUUGGCUUCACAUGGAUGUACAGCCCCUUUUACCCGUUGCAAUUCGUUUCAGUUUGGGUUCAGUGACACUCAAUAAAAGUUUUACAUUUCUGUCA